AUGGGCGUGCACGGGGAUUUCGACGGCAACGUGUCAUUUCCCGGCGUGGUCCUUGACAGUUCUGAGGUCGAGAGUGCGAUCGCGACAAAUCGGACCGUGGCCGCAGCGACCACAACGACCACGAACACGCGCACGACCACGCGCACGGCCGUGACGGGGACCUCGGCGACGGAGACGACGUCGACCGUUUCCACGACCACGAGUUGCUUCGGAUACGACGCCUGCCCAGAAUACCCCCAGCCGUACGGCCAUGGGGAGUGGCCUACGGAGUACAUUUACUCUGGCUCCUUCCCCGACGGUUUCGUUUGGGGGCUCGGCACCGCCUCCUACCAGAUUGAGGGCGGGUACCGGGACGGAGGCAGGGGCGCAAGCAUUUGGGACACGUUCACUGGCGCGAACACCAUCGGCAUGCCGGGCGCGGAUUGCGGCCAUUGCUGCACCGAGACGCCGUGCCCCGUGAACGAGGGGAUGGCCGCAAAGGGCGCCACCGGCAACGUGGCCUGCGACCAUUACCACCUUUGGCGGUCUGACAUAGCGCUGAUGAAGUCCAUGGGUCUGAAGCACUACCGAUUCAGCAUCGCCUGGCCCCGCAUCGUGCCAACGGGCCGGGUGGCAGACGGGAUCAACGAGGACGGCAUCGCCUUCUACAGCAACCUUCUGGACGGUUUGAUCGAAGCUGGUAUCACGCCGUGGAUCACGUUGUACCACUGGGAUCUGCCGCAGGGGCUGCUGGAUCCGCCGCGCGUGAACGGCUGGUGGUCGCGAGACGACGACGGCCGCCCGAACGGCGAGAUCUUGGACGAUUGGUUGGCGUACGUCAGCGUUUGCUUCGAGCGCUUCGGGGACCGGGUGAAGAUGUGGUUCACUUUCAACGAGGCUUGGACCUCGAGUUUUUUGGGCUCCGGCAUGGGCAUGGCCCCCAGCAUAGAGGCGUUCAGCAACCAAUCGAGGGACCCAUACGUCGCCGCUCACAACAUGAUCAUCGCCCACGCCUCCGCUGUCGACGUGUACCGCGCCAAGUACCAGAAGAAGCAGGGCGGCAAGAUAGGCAUAACGAACAACUGCGACUGGCACGAGCCAGCCUCGGACAGCCCCUGGGACGUCGCGGCGGCCGCCCGCGCCGUCGACUUUCAGCUGGGGUGGUUCGCCGACCCCAUAUUCGGCGGCGCGGGCGACUACCCGCAGUCCAUGCGGCGGCUGUUGGGCGACCGCCUUCCGGAGUUCACCGAGGACCAGAAGCGCCUGGUGAACGGCAGCUCCGACUUCUUCGGUCUCAACCACUACGGCACGGGCUGGACCUCCCACCUCAACAGCACGAGCUCCUGGGACCAGUCCUGGACGCAGGACUCCCACGACGGUUUCGUGCAAUCGCAAUCCGACUGGCUGUACGGCUCUGGUUGGGGCUUCAGGAAGAUGGUCAACCACAUACACCGCCGCUACGGCCACCCUGCCAUCUACGUCACGGAGGGCGGCUGGUCGUUGCCCACCACUUCUCCGAAAGACGGCGUCGCUGACCCCCAGAGAAUGAUGUACUACGCGAACUACACCGCGGAGCUGCGCAGGGCGAUCUACGAGGACGGCGUGGACGUGCGCGGAUACUUCGGAUGGUCAUUGAUGGACAACUUCGAGUGGGCCAAGGGCUACACGGAGCGCUUCGGCGUCACCUACACGGACUUCAGGUUCGGGUGGGACGCCGACUCCCCGUGGAUCUCGGACGAGGCGGACGAAAGGGCCGAGACGCCCACCGCGGGGAACCAGCGGCGCUACCGGAAGAAGUCCAGUUGCUGGCUGGAGGCCCUGUGGACCUCCAACGCGCUUGCAGACCCCGCCUCCUUCGAGGGAUGCGUCGACGCAGGAGAGUUCAUGGCCAGCUUCCAGGACUCCUUCGUCGGCUCCUGCGUGUGGACGGUGGCGCCGUCGCGCUUCAAGCGGAGCCGCGGCGAGGGCGUCAUCGACGGCUUCCAGGGCCUGGUGCGGGGCUCGGGGGCCGGCUGCAAGGGGCGCCUGCUCAACGCCACCUUCCGGGGCGGCGUCGCCCGCGUGGACUUCGGCGGGGGCAAGGACGGCCCCGGGCUGCUCACGGGCUACUGGCGCCGGGCCGGCGAGGGCGCCGUCGUGUGGGAGGACGGCCGCCUGUGGCGGCGGCGGCCUGCGAAGCACCGCCAGGCCCUGGACGAGGUCGCCAGCAUCCUCCGGCCGGACCCCGCGGACCCCGCCGCGGCCCCUUGGCCGUCGGGCGCGCCGGACCCCGCGGCGGAGGGCGGCUGGGUGCCGAUGAAGUGA